GCAGGAGUUGCAAUAUCGAAUAUGAUGAUAUUGAACGAUCGAUACUUGUACUGCUAUCUUGGAAUGGAAGAGCUUCCCGAUACCGGUUGAUACGGUCUAUGAUCUAACAAAAGAUCACAAAAUUAUGACACCUGCUAGAAUCAGUAUAUAAUGCAGUCAGAAGAGUUGAACGAUCUAUACCGCUGGAUCCCAAGUCUCCUUAACAUCUUCAACAGUUUGUGCCGACAUUAGCAAGCUACUCUACAUAUCUUCGUAUCUCUUCCUGCCUGGACCAUGUCAGACAGAAGCUCAUCCACACCGCCUGAGUGGCUGAUGCCUUCAGAGGAAAGGCACAGUGAGUGGACGUCGGCGUCCCUCGACGUUCUCGAAGAAACGAUCGCAAAUUUGAUUGAGAGACUUACCAACAAAACCCAGCCUGACAAGAUCCAGAAAAUCAAUCGCAUACAGGAGGAAGAGGACGAGUUUGGACAGUAUCAUAUGCCACUCUCCAAUCCUGACGACAUACCCCUACAGCGAGAGAUCAACGCGCAAUGGGAUACGGUCCGCACUUGUCUCCUACCGAACGGUCAGGACGAGGGGUUUCUCCAUGAGAGAUUGCAGACCAUUCUGACAAAGAUGCGUGCGCGGGGUAGCGAUCUUCUGGGAGAUGGUACCGAAAUAGAGCAGCUUAUCUUCAUAUGGUAUGCUGUUGUCUGUCUACUGCAAGAUAUCAAUGCUGAAAAUUAUCUCCAUGGGAGAGAUGGCGAUGAUGACAUUAACUAUGACAAGGCUUCACCAUUUUACAAAUACCCAGAUGUUUCUCUAUUCAGCAAGAUCGAUGGCGCAUGGGCGGCUUUGGAUCGCGGAAUUAUGAAUCUUCUGAGCGGGAUAAACGCAGAGAGGAGCCCGGCAGAACUCCCCGGCUGGAACCGCAUGGCUACUCAUUUCCAUCGCGGGUCUGUACUGGCGGACCUCGUGUACUGGAACCCAGACGAAGAGUUUGAUCGAGACACCCAUCACAUGAACAUUAUGGCGGAACCGAUGAACAACACACUUGGUCCACGAUCUCGUCUAUGCUACGAACUUAUUGUUGCCUAUGAGUGGCGUGGCUACUAUCCAGAUAGGAAGAUGAACACCAUCCGCCUCCUGGAAGCGAAACUUGACUCCGGUAAAGAUGCAAAUUCUGACAAGGUGAGCUCGCUUAGUAGCACACCAGAGUCUCUUGAUCUCUCGGAAGGAUCGCCGCCAUCAGUAGCAGAGGAGGAGGAGGAGUGAUGCUGUAUGACAUUCUCUGUCUGCUGAAAGCUGUGCUGGUCAAAGUUUCAGACAAACAGAUAUUCAAAAUGGACGAGGAACGUCUGCUAGCUCAGACCUAAAGCUAGCUUUAGGAGUUUCGAUACUAUUUGAGGAGACAUGAUGUUAUCAAAAUUCGAUGCUUGAGCACAUCAUCUUGGAGCUAACAUGGAGUGAAUCUUCGUAAAGUAUGUGCUAGAAGCUAUAUCUGGCAGGUAGCCAACAGAACAAAAUCCCGCAGUCCCGUAGUGGAGUUUCUUCCCACGGACUGUUUCGCAAGGGAGAACGACACCUAAAAACAUUGACACUCUAUUUCAUAACAUAGCCAGGAGGUUAGAACGCUCAAAGUAUGAAAUAUAACAUGAUUUCGACAGUCAAUUGACUAAGAUAUGACCGUA